AUUAUAAUAUAUAACUGAAGAGAAGACAUGCAAUAUUUAUUGUCGUCUGUGUGUUUUGAGAAGUUCUGUUCUGAAAUCGGUUUCAUGUGGAGAAUCUCAUUUAUUACCAAUAUUUAACCGUUUUAUUGCUAUAAUAUUUAAAGUUUAAAAAUGUUAUGGAUCAGACGAAACGUAUUCAAAAGUCAAAUUAGAAACUUGUUUUAUAAAAGAUUACAACCUAUUUCAUUAGCUGCCAAAGUAAAAGACUUUGACGUAAAAAAUGAGCCUAUUUUGCAAUAUCUCAAGGACAGUGACGAAAGAAAAGCUCUCUAUAAGGCUAUUGACAAGUACAAGAAUACCUGUACUGAAAUACCUAUUAUAAUCGGAGGCAAAGAAUUACAAUCCAAUGAGAUCAAAUACCAAGUCAUGCCUUCUGACCAUGGAAAGAAGAUAGCUAAAUAUCACUGGGCUAAUGCUGAAAUGAUCAGAAGUGCAAUUACAGAAAGCCAGAAAGCAAGAACAGAAUGGGAGAGAACACCUCUGACUGAAAAAAUCUCAUUGUUCCAUAAAGCAGCUGAUCUUGUCAGUGGGAAAUAUCGAAUGGAUUUAAAUGCCACCACAAUGCUUGGACAAGGGAAGAACAUAAUUCAAGCUGAAAUAGAUGCAGCAGCAGAAUUUGCUGAUUUUCUUAGGUUCAAUGCCUAUUUUGCUAAAGAAUUGACAAAGUAUCAACCAAUUAGUCCAGAUCCAAAAUCUACUGUAAAUUCAUUCCGUUUUCGAGGUUUAGAGGGUUUCAUUGCUUCAAUAUCUCCAUUUAAUUUCACUGCGAUUGGAGGUAACCUUGCUACUGGUCCAACACUGAUGGGCAAUGUUAUAUUGUGGAAACCCUCGGAUACUGCUGUGCUUUCAAAUUUUGUGAUAUAUAAUCUUUUAAUAGAAGCAGGAUUUCCCCCUGGUGUUAUCAAUUUUCUUCCAUCAGAUGGUCCAGUAUUUGGAGAUGUCAUUACCUCUUCCCCACAUCUUGCUGGCAUUAAUUUCACUGGCAGCCUUAGGACUUUUAAAAUACUUUGGAAAAUGACUUCUGAAAAAAUAGACCUGUAUAAAAACUUUCCCAGACUUGUUGGAGAAUGUGGGGGCAAGAAUUUUCAUUUUGUUCACAAAUCUGCUGAUGUCCAAACUGUAGUAGCCUCUUCUAUUAGGUCAGCCUUUGAAUACAGUGGUCAAAAAUGUUCUGCUUUGGAUAGAAUGUAUGUUCCUGAAAGCCUAUGGCCGAAGAUUAAAGAAGGUUUGCUAGAAAUCAGGAAUCAAAUCAAAGUUGGCUCUCCUCUUGAGCCGGAUACUUUUGUUUCCGCUGUCAUUGAUGAUAGGGCGUUCAAAAAAAUUAAAGGAUUUAUUGAUCAUGCAAAAUCUUCACCAAGUCUGAAGAUAUUGGCUGGAGGAACAUGUGACGACAGCAAAGGGUAUUUCAUUGAACCUACAAUAAUAGAGACUGAAAAUGCUGGUGAUAUGAUUAUGAAAGAAGAAAUAUUCGGUCCCAUCUUAGUUAUAUAUGUUUAUAAAGAUUCUUCCCUACAAGAGACCUUAGAGCUGGUGAAUGAUAAUCAGUAUGCUUUAACUGGAGCUAUCUUUGGUCAAGAUCAAGCGUUUUUGGAAUAUGCUACUGAGUUUUUGAAAAAUGCUGCUGGAAACUUUUAUAUCAAUGACAAGUCAACAGGUUCUGUUGUUGGUCAACAACCCUUUGGUGGAAGUAGAUUGUCAGGUACCAAUGAUAAAGCUGGAGGCCCGCAUUACAUGCUUAAAUGGACAACACCACAAGUUAUAAAAGAGACAUUUGUGCCUCAACCUGACUGGAGAUAUCCCUAUAUGUCUGUUUAAAAUACUUCUUUGUGAAACUAAUACUUACACUUGUCUUCCAUGUAUAAAAGUAUAUUCUGCAUCUUUGAAAAACUUAUCUUGCUUUAAACGAGGUCAAAUAAUUCCAGAGAUAUUCUGAAAUUGAGUAUGAAAAUAGCACAUAGGAAUUUUAUAGUUGUCUAAAAAAUGUCAUUCGAGAAACUGUUAUUUAUCUGAAGGUGUUUUUUUAUAUGUAUAAUUAUCUAAACAGCAUCAAACAAAAGUCUUUUGUUUCGGUUCUUUAAAACGUACUGAAACAGUUUAAAAGGCUAUUGUGCCUUUGCAUUUUAAGUAAUUGUUUUUAUCUUACUUACUUUUGUUUUGAAUUUUUUUACAUAACUAAAGUAGUUUCUCCUUACCGUGAAAUCCUCCCUAUACCGAAUUUCACACUAAAAGGAAAUAAAUGUCCCAGUAACGAAUACUGCUAUAACAACAUUCAAAAUGUUCUCCGUGUGACAAAAUGAUUGUCUAUCUAUAAUGAAGGUGUUAGACAUUUAUUUUCUCAAAUUUUGUUAUUUUCGGAAUUUUUCAGAUUAUAAAUUUAUUUUUAUGAUAUUUGUUGUUUUUUGAAGAAAAUUGCAAUUGGUAGCUGGAGUUUCUGUGAAAUCUGAAAUUUUUGUACCUGUAUCUAGAGUCUAUCUCCAGGAAUAAUGCGUAACUAUAUGAUUCUAUGUGUAGGAACAUGACUAUUUCAAGCACAGGUUUUAAAUCAUUUUUAUUUUAUUUACAAACAUAAUUAUAUAGUCAUGAACUUUUCCCUCUAAAUAAAAAAAUUUAACAUUUAUUUAAAUAAUUGUAAAAAUAUUUCUGUUUUAGUAUUCAAAGAUCUGCAUAACAAAAUUUUCUUGGUAGAAAAUUUUUCAACUAAGAUCAGUAGAUUUCAUUAUAGAAAGUCUUUACUGUAUUUUAAGAAGUUAUGUUUAACUAUAGUAAUGAUAUUUUCUUACUAAUAGGUAUACCUUUACAUAUUUAUUACUUUUUACCUGAUUAUUUCUUACUCUCUUGCCACCUUAGUUUUUCAUGUUAUGAAUUUGUUUUAUAUCGCUAAAGCAAAGUUAUAUUGGUUCUGAUAAGAUAUUGUCUAAUUGUUACUCUUUAAGAAUCUAUCUAUUUUGUUCCGUUAUUAUGAAUCUCUUUUUUUAUGUUAUAUUUUUGUUUUUCUUCUGUUAUAUGCAUAUUUCAUCAUAAUGUACCUUUUACUUAACUCUCUAAAUUACAAUUGUUUAUUGCUUUAUGUUCUUGUUUUUCUUUUACAUUAACUCUUACUUAUUCUUUAAAUGCGUUUAUACGACCGGUGAACCAAGAUCUGAUUUAUUAAACAGAAUAUUAUUUUGUUUCAAAGUUUUAUAUUUUAUGAAGUUAUUACUAUGAAGUUAGUUACAAACAAUUACUAAAAAGUUUCCUUGUCCUCAUAUUUAUUUUUAGUUGUCUCACUAACUUCUCUUUACAUAAAUAGUAUUGAAAUAUUUAUGGUUAAAAACCUAUUUUGCUAUUUUUCAUAUGUACUUAUUGCAAAUAUUAAUUACCACAUUAUUAUGAAACAGUAUUUCUCAAACUGUCAAUUUUAAUAACUCUUAUUCAAGAAUAUAGUGAUAUUGAGUUUGGUAUUUAUUUUCAAGUGAAUUUUUCUAAAAGUAAUAUUUUUAUCAAUAACUUUUUCUGUUGAUUAUUUUAAUAUUUAUAAAAAAAAUAUUCACAUUAUUCAGUAAUAUUUUUCGAACUGUAAAAAAAGAGAAGAUUGAAAUUAAAUGUAGUAAAUUGCAUUUUUUUUCAGUAAUUCAUACUAAAAUGUCUCUGUUUCAUUAUUGUAAUUAUUCGUAUAUAUUAAUCAAAUUUUAAUAUGUAAUCCUCUAAUUUUAAAUAAAUUCAAUAAUUAAUCGGUAAUUUUAAAGUAUGACUGUUAGUUUAUGUGUAAUAAUUAUCAAAUUAUAAAAGUGUGUUACAUUUUUAAAGCAUUAGAACUGCUAAAUUUGCAAUUUCAUUUUAAAUGUAUUAAAUUAACGUUGAUAAAUUUGGACGUUAAUUUAAGGAUUUAAUAUUAAAAAUAAAUAAAAGAAGCAUUUAAUAAAUAUUUUUCUAUGAAUGAAUAAUUCAAAAUUAUAUAUAAUUUUUUAAAUGUAUCACAAAAUUAUUAUGAAACAUUCACGCUAUUUCUUAAUUUCAUCUUAAAUUAUAGCUAAAUUUAUAUAAAUUUCUGUAAAAUAUGAUUAUUUAUAGUUGAAAUAUAUCACCUGCAGUCUGUUAUUCACUUUUUACUCUACUUACAUUAACCACUUUCUAUUAUAUUUUAACCCAAAGAAAGAUUUACUUUAUUUCUAUGUCAUCCUUGUUUUAUCUUUGUGAUUUGUCCCUAAAAAUAAACUUUUUAACUCUUCUUUCAUAAAAAGAUCUGAUAGGAAUUUUCCAAAGCAUGUUUAGUUAUAAUACUGUUUUCUUCCAUAUAUUUAGCUAGUCAAUAUAUUGCCAAGUUUUACUUUACAUGCAGUGUUAAACGAUGUUUUUUAAAAUUUAAUUUAUGGUUAAUUUUU